CGCAAAAUGGUGGCUUCUGCUAUACGCGGAGAAAUUUUGUUGUACCAUUAAGAACUAAAAAAAAUACGCAUUUGUGCUAAUAAUAUUUAGUAAAAUUAUAGUGCAAAACUUUCACUUGCCCGUGUCGCUGCAGUACGCGUGUGAAAGUGUACACAAAUUGCGUAUCAAAGUCAGCGAAAAUUGUUCCAAAAUCUCCGCAGCAAUAAAAAAAAACGCAAGGCAAGCGAAGUGCGUGAGUGUGUGUGUGUGUAUGUUUGUAUGCGCGUGUAAGUGCUUGUGCAUGUGUAUGGCGAGCGUUUGCGUGUGUGUGUGUGCGCAAAGUGUAUGCAAAAAAGAAGAAGACAAAACAGAAGAGCAUUAAAAAACGUAUUGUUGGGCUGCCUUCUGUAGCCCCCACUGAUAAGUUUAACGCGCACACACAGGGACAACAACAACAGCAAAGACAAAAAUUUACAAGUCUCUAAACCUGUGCGAGUGCAAAUUAACCAAAAUCUACAUUUCCGGCGCGCCUGUCCCCACCCCACUCCCCGUCGCUUCAGGAACAACAGCAUCAACACAGAAUAUCGCUUGCUCGCUCGCACGCACGCACGCACAAUUGGCAACCGGCAGCGUUACCGUUACCGUUAGCGGGCCAAGCGGGAGCCAGAGCCAGAGUCACCCGGUUUCGAGUUCGAGCUGCUUGCUGGGAAGGCCUCACACACACGUUUUUACACACAUCUUCACUGGAUUCAUGUUGAAUUUUCAUAUCAUAGCGGGCAUAAAAAGGCUUAACACUGGACCGGAAGCGUGUUUUUAAAGGGUGAUGGCGGCCUCCACUCAAGGAGAAAUACGAGUGGGUCCCGGCCACCAGGUAAACGAUGUCUAUGCAAAACUGCCCGAUUAUAAUCCAAUCUCAAGCUUCCCCGUUGACAAGGAAACCGAUGAACGUGAACUAGAGGAAACAAGAUGGAGUCCUGGCGUUGUGGCCGAUGGCGACUUGUUAAUGUUUCUGCGUGCGGCACGCUCCAUGGCUGCAUUUCAAGGAAUGUGUGAUGGCGGUUUAGAAGACGGUUGUUUGGCUGCCAGUCGCGACGACACAACAAUUAACGCACUAGACGUGCUGCACGAUUCUGGCUACGAUCCAGGCAAAGCUCUACAAGCGCUCGUAAAGUGCCCCGUUUCAAAGGGCAUUGACAAAAAGUGGACCGAGGACGAAACGAAAAAGUUCAUCAAGGGUCUUCGACAAUUUGGCAAGAAUUUCUUUAGGAUCCACAAGGACCUGUUGCCACACAAAGACACACCGGAGCUGGUCGAGUUCUACUAUCUGUGGAAGAAGACGCCCGGCGCCAACAAUAAUCGCCCACAUCGGCGACGCAGACAGAGCGCCUUGCGUCGCAAUCGUGUUACGCGCGCCAACAAUACACCUCCCAAAAAGGAGGACACCCCGGAACCACAAGCUGCGACGACGGCGACGGCGGCGGCGUCGGCUGCAGAGACGGCGAAUCGCUCAUCGCCCGCUGUCUCCAAGGAGGAGAACAGUUCUCUAACCGAGGACGACGCCAGCGAGUGUGACAGUGAUUCGAGUCUGACCAACAAAAGGGAUGAAUCACCCUCUAGGAUGAGGACGAGAAACAAACAACAGAACAACAACAACAACAACAGCAGCAGCGCCAGUGCAGCUGGUGGCGGUGGCAACUCUGCCGCUGCUGCUGCUGCUGCCUCCGUCAACGCCUCUGCCAACAGCUCCGCCAAGGAUCAAUCCUCGGGCUCAGCGAGCAACAACAGCAACGCCGUGGCGAACGGCAAGCGACCCAAACGGGGCUCCGAUACACCGGAUGCUGCCGCAACAGCAGCCGCUGCCGGCGACAGUCCCAAAACGCCCACCAAGAGCGCGGCCGAGGGAUCCGGCAAUAAGCGGAAGGGCGGCAAACAGGACACGCCCAACAAGAAGAAGCGCACCGAAACGGACACCAACAACAGCAGCAGCGAUCAGGCCAACAACAGCACCGAGGACAACAUCAAGGAGAAGCAGCGCAAGCGACCGGACAGUCCUGUCGAGAGCAUGAACUCCGACAGUCGUCCCGACUCUGUCCUGGACGAUGGCGAGUCGAAUACGACAGACACGGAUGGCCGCACAGCGGAGCAGCAGUCCAGCAAGGACAGCAAGGAGAUCAACUGCAAGGAGGAGAGCGGCGCUGUGACGCUGUCCGGCGAUCUGGACUCCAAGUCGGAGGUCAACGAGAAAUCGAUCAAAACGGAAACGUCCUGCGCGGAAGACAACAAAGAUAGCAUCAAGAACAUGGAUGAGGAGACGAACAUUCAAGCGCCCAGCAGCAUACAGCCACUCAGCAUCAAGCCCACGCACGUGGAUGGUCUGCUAAAGGACUCCAGCUCCAUGGAGGCGCCACAAGCAGCUGUUGCGGUUGCACCGAUUGCAAUGAAGGUGCCCACAAUUGCCACCGUAGAGGCGCUCAAUGCCUCUGUCGAUCGUGAUCGCAAGGAAGCCAUUGAGAAAAUGGAGAUAUGUGAGAACGAAGCGGCUGCACGUGAUCCCGAUCUGCUCAAGAAGCUCGCUAGCAUUAAGCAGGAGACGUUGCCCCAGCAGCAGCAGCAGCAGCAACAACAGCAGCAACAACAACAUCAACAGCAGCAGCAGCAGCUGGGUGUGCCGCCGGUGUCAGCUGCCUCGGGGCCCAUGCAGGAGGCCGUCUACAUCAAAAAGGAGCCAAUGGAGGACUCCAUGGAUGCCACAUGCAAUCAAAACAGCAAUGAGCCGCAGGAUCUCAAGGUUAAAAUCGAAAUCAAAAACGAGGAUCUUAAGAUUAAUGCCAGCGGCCUGCCACCAGUCAGUUCCGCGGCGCCGCCGCCCAAUGCCCAACUUGCUGGCCUGCAUCAUGGCGCCGUUGAUGGUGUCAACGCGGAACCACUGCAUCUGCAGCACAUGCCACAUGGACCAACGCCGCAGGCGCCCGCCGGCUAUCUAAUCGACGGGCAGCUGAAGUAUGGACCGCCCGGGCAACCGCCUCCACAGCCGCCACCACAGCUGCACAGUGAUCCGGGCAGUGGCGGGGUAUCGAGCGCAACGCCUCAGAAAUAUCCUGGCGAUAUGGAAAUGAAGUACAACGAGGCGGCCGUCAAAUUUGAGCCCAGCAGCGGUAAAUUUGCGCCACAGGAGCUGAAGUAUCCGGUGCCACCGCAGCUGGAUCCGCUCAAGUACAGCCAGGAGAUUCAGGCAGCGGCUGCCGCUGCGGCAGCUGUGGGCAAAUACGACAUGAAGUACAUGAUCGAGCAGCAGGGCAAGUAUCCGGUGGAGCUGGCACCGCCCAAACCGGGCUACCAGGAGGCCCUCAAGAUACCCGAUGUAAAGCCGGGCUUUGCCCAUCUGCCGCACAACAUUGGCUCGUCUUUGGACGGAUCCGGUUCGCACAAGUAUGCCCCGACAGGUCAGCCGAUGGAUCAGCAGCCGCCGGGCGCGACACCGCCGCCCGGCAUUGCCAUGCCCAAGCCGCAUUAUCAGCACGAUGUGCAGACGCCGCCGCUGGGGCGACCUUUUGAGCCCACAGGCCUCAUGCUCAAAUAUGGUGAUCCAUUGGCCGGCAAAUACGGGCCGCCACAGCCGCAGGAUCUCAAGUAUCCGAUGCCGCCCGUGUCUGCUGCCGGCGGCGAGAAUCUGAUCAAAGCCUCGCCAUAUGGCCCGCCGCCAGAGAGUCCCAUUGACGCCUCGGCGCGCUCCACGCCCGGCCAGGAUAGCCAGGGCAGCAAUAGCAAUAGCAAUUCGCAGCCCCCAUCCUCACAGCCGCAGCAGUUCCAGUCGCCGCAUCCCUCGCCGCACAUGCCUUCGCCAGCUGGCGGCGGGUUGCCACCCGGCAUGCAUCCACAAAAUCUCAUCUCCCCGCACAGCCAUGGACCGCCGCCGAAUAGUGGCCCCGGCUCCGGACCAGGUCCACAGCCGCCAACGUCGCUGCAUCAGCCGAUUAGCAGCACAAUGUCGGGUCAGGGAGGACCGCCCAGCCUGCAGCAUGGACUGCCGCCGGGCCCGGGUGGCCCACACGCACAAAUAUCAGUCGCCAAUUCGCUGUCGGGCGUCGUCUCAUCGCUGGGCGCGCCCACGCUUUCCACAAUGGCGCCCUCGCAUCCCAUGCACCCGCACAUGCAUCCGCACCAGCAUCCGCAUCUGCAGUCGCUGCAGUCCUUGCACCGACCGCAUCCCGAUCUGCCGCCAUCCAUGCAUCCGCAUGCGCCCAUGGCCAUGUCGCUGCAGGCGCCAGGUCCGCCGCCACCGCACAGCCACGGCCAUCCGCUGGCGCCCGGCCACGGACAGCAGCAACAGCCGGGGGGACCGGGAGGUCCAGCAGGUACAGUACGCACGCCUUCGCCGGCGCAGCAGCAGCAGCCGCCGCGUAGCCUGCACGAUCCGUUGCCAACAUCGCGUGAGCCGCCCGCCUCGCACACAUCGACGGCGCCAACGGGGUCGAUAAGCGGCCUGAGCUCCGGGCCGGGGCAGGGACAGGGACCGGGACCAAUGCCACAUCAGUCACCACACGCGCAUCGCACAUCACCGCUGCCGGGUCUGGCGCAUCCGUCUGGCCUUAUUGGCCAUCCGAUGCCCAUACAUCCGCAUUUGGCGCACCUGCCACCGGGUCAUCCAGCACACGCAGCGCUCGCGCAUCCCGGCCAUCAUCUGCUCUCGCAUUCGAUAGCGGGCCUGAGCCAUGGCGGCGGUCCCAUUGCGCUCCUGGCGGGUCCCGGCGGACUGGGUGGGCUGCCCGAGUCGGCGCUCAGCCGACGCACACCGCCCAGCCAUCUGUCGCACCCGCACGCCUCGUCAGCGCCCUCGACGCCGCACUCGGCGGCCAUCUCGACGAGCAUGUCGCUGACCACCACGCCCAACACGGUGCCAUCGUCCGCCUUCAGUCGCGCCAGUCCCAGCGUGCAACUCUCCAGCGGUUCCGCUCCAACUGGCCCUGGCGGCAACAGCAACAGCGGCACGCCGAACAACUCGUCCGCUGCUGCGGCCGCGGCCGCUGCACAUCGCGCCGCCUCGCCCGCCUCCAGUGUGGGCAGCCUAAGCCGGCAGAGUCCGCUGCAUCCUGUGCCGCAGUCGCCGCUGAGUCAUCAUCCCUCAUCGUCGGCGCUGUCCGCUGCAGCGGCGGCCGUUGCCGAACGUGAUCGGCACGCGCUGCUGCGCCAACAGUCGCCGCAUAUGACGCCGCCGCCAGUGUCCAGCGCAUCCGGUCUGAUGGCCAGUCCGCUCAGUAAGAUGUAUGCACCGCAGCCGGGUCAACGAGGAUUGGGUACCUCGCCGCCGCCGCAUUUGCGACCGGGCGCCUCGCCGCCGGUCAUACGCCAUCCACAGAUGCCGCUGCCAUUGCCGCUGAUUGCGCCAGGCGGUGGCAUUCCCCAGAUUGGCGUGCAUCCCGGUCAGUCACCGUAUCCGCAUCCGUUGCUACAUCCCUCGGUCUUCUACUCGCCGCACCAUCACAAUCCCUUCAACUCGCCGUACGGCUAUGCACCCUAUGGGCCUGGCUUCCCUGCCUAUAUGAAGCCACCGCCACCAGCCGGCCCACUGGAUCCCGCCGCUGUGAUGGCGGCCCAUCAUGCUGGCCUUCAGGGUCCGCCACCGCAAUCGCGUCAGGAUGAACAGAACGCAGCAGCUGCGGCGGCGGUGGCUGCUGAAAAGCAACACGCGGCGGCAGUAGCCGCUGCUCAGCAGCAACACAAGGCGGGACAGCAGCAGCAACAACAACAGCAGCAACAUCAACAGCAGCAACAACAACAACAGCAGCAGCAACAACAACAGCAGCAGCAACAGCAGCAGCAACAACAGCAGCAUCAGCAACAACAACAGCAACAACAACAGCAACAACAACAGCAGCAGCAGCAGCAGUCUGGCGGUCCGCAACAGAACAAGCCGCCGACGCCAAAGACGCCGCAGGGACCUGGUGGCAUGGGUGUCGGCAUGGGCGGCCCAGGCACACCAACAGGUCUGCCGCCUGGCGCCUAUCCAGGCUCUCACCUGGCUGGCUAUCCGCCGCCGCCGCACGCGUCGCCGUUUGCGCCGCAGGAUGGACAGCAGCAUGGCAUGAAACCGACCUCGCACAUGGAUGCGUUGCGAGCGCACGCGCACUCGGCCAACUCUGCGGGAAUGGGCGGUGGACAUCAUCCGACAGAGCCAUUGCCCAUUGACAUUGAGCCGGAUCCGGAACCCGAGAUACCCAGCCCCACGCACAACAUACCGCGCGGUCCCAGUCCCGAGGCGAAGCCCGACGAUACCGAAUGCCAUCGCUCGCAGUCGGCCAUCUUUGUGCGGCACAUCGAUCGCGGCGACUACAACUCGUGCACGCGCACGGAUCUGAUUUUCAAGCCGGUGACCGAUUCUAAGCUGGCGCGCAAGCGCGAGGAACGCGAUCGUAAGCUGGCCGAAAAGGAGCGCGAGCGAAGACAGCAGCAACAACAGCAGCAGCAACAACAACAACAGCAACAGGCAGCUGCCGCACAACAGGCUGCACAGCAGGCCAAGAUGAAGGCCGAGCUGAAGCCGCCGUAUGCGGACACGCCGGCGCUGCGCCAACUGUCGGAAUACGCGCGUCCACAUGUCGCCUUCAGUCCUGUUGAGCAGAUGGUGCCUUAUCAUCAUCCAAUGGGCCCAAUGUAUAGCCGAGAGAGGCCCUUACUCAUGCUUCCAACCUUGACUAAUUGCAGAGAAUUGGAGGAGAUUAAAAAUGCACAAGCGGCUGCCGCGAGUCAAUCGCGACUGGAUCCACACUGGAUGGAAUACUACAGACGUGGCAUACAUCCGUCACAGUUUCCGCUGUACGCGAAUCCGGCUAUUUCACAAAUGGAACGCGAGCGUCUGGGCAUACCGCCGCCGCAUCAUGUUGGCAUGGAUCCGGGCGAGCAUAUGAUACGAUUGACGAGAGAAUAUCAUGCACACUCUCAUACUCAUUUACAUUUGCCUUUGCAUCCACAGCCGCAACCACCGGAGGCCGGUUUCCAACUGCCACCGAAUGUUGGCCAAUAUCCGCGCCCAAAUAUGCUUAUACCUAGGGAGCCGCACUCGGACGUUUUGCUGCGUAUGUCGUAUGCGGAUCAGCUACAGUAUUUACAGGCCGCCGAGUUUCAACGUCAAUCGCUGCACGAUCAAUACUUUAGACAACGGCCCAGAUAAGUGGACUAUUGGCCAGGCAGACAGAAUCCCAAAAGCAACUGAACAAAGAAAAUACUCUUGGCCGGCGGCCGUGAGGAAAAUGCUUUGUGUGAUUUUUGUGUUCAAACGUUUACAUUUUGCUUUUCAACAACAAGAACCAGAACAACAUUCAUGCAUAUAUAAAUAUAUAUAUAUAAU